GCCUGAUCAUUUAUUCUGCUGAAGCUAGCUAGACCCGACCUGUUUGCUACUUGGCCUUGGAUGCAUAUAGAGCACAGCUCACCUCACAUGCGCCAUGGCAAUCGUCACAGUGUCUGGAGGACUCAAAAGCCGCCAGUGUUCGAAAGAACUGGACGUUUUAUUUUGGGAAUUGUGAGGCGCGUUCUAUGUGGAAGAGGAGGGCAGAGGGGCUGGCGGCGGAGCAUUUGCCACAGCCUGCUGUGCCUGCGGCUGGUGCGUAAACUGCAGUACCCGCUGCUGUGGCUGCGGGAUCGGCCGACCCAUGCCCUGCAAUGGCGGUGCCUGGCCCACCAUCCCGGACAUGGCGGCAGCCGUUGGCUGUGGCGGUGGUGGCAUCAUUUGUGGCGGCAUCGAUCCCAUUGGUGGGCGGAAGCCCGGUGGCCCAUGUUGUGUGACCAGCGGCGCCUGGAUUCCCUGCAUCAUAGCGCCAGGCGGAGGGCGGCAUGCUGUGCUGCUGCUGCUGGUGGCCAGGCUGCACCGGCAUCAUAAACGGCUUUCCUGCCACCGCGUCGGACGCCGCUGAUGGGCACACCGUUGGACGUGGGCGGAAUAGCCGAGAUUAUCUCCUUCAGCUUCUCGCUCUGCACCCCAUCGGGGAGCGC